AUGGAUGGACUACAUUCCAGGGAUGAUGCCAGUGACCGGGCUGGCAAUGUUGAGGCUCAACUUGGUGAGUGGGCCACCUACGGAGCCCAGCUACGCGCGUGGGUUGGCCUCCAAGUUGACGAGCAUGUUGCACGGAUGCUGCCUGGAAUUCUGGAUGCGAGGUUGAGCCCCAUCUCGGAAACCUUGAUGGAGCUGCACCGUCAUGCCACCAGCAACUCGGCAGCGGUGGAACGGCUUCAAGAUAGGUUGGACAGUGAACUCCAUCGUACUGAGUUGAAACUGGGCACCGCUCGUCUUGAUGCACAUGGAGAGUUGGUGGAGAGGACAAGGGCCUCCAUCGCAGCCUUGGAGACGCAGGAGGCGCCGGAGAGAUCGGAGGAUGAGGCUAUGGAGCCAUCAGCGGUAGCUGUGACCAAUGGCAAUCUUGUCUUAACGGGUAGUAAGGGUCAAUAG